AUGAGCUUUGCCAGGGCCAAGCUGAGCUUGCGGUGGACGUGCCUAGCGCAACCCACUGCCCAGUCCUCCCGAGCAUCACAUGCAGGAGCACGACGGUUCCGCGUUGUGGUCUGUCGAUCGUAUGCGACGGCUCAGAAUGAUCGAGUGACGACCUCCUCUCUCCUCACGUCUGCGCUGGACCAGAAGCAGCGUACUUCACAGCGUGAUGACUACGUUGGGCCCUUCCAGAUGGGUUUGACCCCUCCAACACCACAGAGUGGCGAGAACGUGAAGAAAUGGUCACAGCUGAGUACCGCGGGCAAAGUGGCACGUACUACAGCUCGCACAACCAAUCUGGCUGUCAUCCUUCUCGGCGCGGGUCUUUCUACUGUUCUCAUCUAUGCCUUGACCUCGGAGCUGUUUUCGAAAAAUUCGGCCACUGUGCUGUACGGACAAGCCUGCGAGAAGAUCAAAGCUUCUCCCAAGCUCGCCAAGUUCUUGCACGGCUCGCUCUCAUUCCACAACAACCCGCCGUCAGACACACGUCCGCGGCAUCGAAACCACCAGGUUGCAUCGCAGGUUGUGGUUGAUCAAUACGGAAGAGAGCACAUGCUGCUUCAUUUCUGGGUCCAAGGACGUCCACCAGGGACGUCCGCGCCCGAUUCCGACUCAGAAUCCUACGUUGACAAGGCCGUACACUGGACGAAGGAGACUGUCGCACACGUGUCGGAGAUGUCGGUCGACGAGAUGGUCGAGAAUGUCAAGACGCGUGCGGAAGCGGGUCUUGACACUGCGAAGCAGCUGUUCAAGUUCCUCAGCGGCGAUCCUGUCGCGCGAUCUCAUUCUGAGGUACCAGCAAGACCUGAAGUAAAAUCCAGAGAAGAGGAGAAGGGAUGGACAUCGGGUUUCACAGGCCUUUUUUCGGGCUUGCGAGGCACAUCACAAAGCACUACGGAGAAGCGCUCGGAUGCAGCAGAUGGAGGGGCAUAUACUGAGGGAGAAGUACACGCGGAUUUAGUCAUGAAUGACAAAGGUUUCUUCGAGUUCCGGUACCUCUUCGUGGACGUUCCUAACUCUCAUAGCUGGGGCACGAAACGGGUGUUCGUCGAGCGGUCGGACGGUGUGAGAGAAAAUGAGCCGAUACUGUCAUGGCGUUCAUGA